AUGACAAGAGUUGCUAUCCACCGUAUUUUAAAAUCCCAACAAUUUUUAUAUAAACGACUGAUUCUGAGAGAUCAUCAUAAGGAUAAUGAUAAUGAUUAUGAUGAUGAAAACGAUGAUGAUGAUGAUAAAAAUGGCUGUGUCUUCAGUCAAGGAGGACAGGUUGAUUGUGAUGAGUUCCAGGACCCCAAGGUCUUCUGUACUCGGGAAUCUAACCCCCAUUGUGGCUCUGAUGGCCACACAUAUGGCAACAAAUGUGCCUUCUGUAAGGCGAUGGUGAAGAGUGGUGGGAAGAUUAGUCUAAAACACCAAGGAAAAUGCUGA